UCUGGUCACAUCAAAGUGGACAUUCUAUUUAUUUUCGGGGGAUUUCACGGAAACCUUGUGGCCUACCAUAUCAGUUUGUUAUUUAAUCCUUUGAAUUGCAGUUAAAAAUGGUUUACUUGAACAUUAUAAUGGGUUUCGGCGUGGUUUUGGCGGCAGCAGCCGCGGCUAUUUACUAUAGCAUGCCGAGUUACCAGCAGACCCCGCGACAUCGCCAACCGCCUAGGAAUCGCAGGAAUGAGGACGAAGAGUUCGACCAGGGUGCCAGCCUUUACCGGAACUUCAGGGAUCAGCGUACGCGGCGCAGCGUGGCGGGCGACAGGUGCUCCGUGUGUCUGCUGCAUAUGGAACAAGGUGACAUGCACCAGAUGAAGUGCGGCCAUGCUCUGGACACGGCCUGCUUCGAGGAAUAUCGCUACAUUCGCAGAAACUGCCCGCUCUGCAACCAACCUGUCAAUCUCAGCCUGCCCGGCGACAGUUGCUCGAUUUGCUUAGACCCUCUGGAAAAGGCCAACAUGGUGCAUCUGCGCUGCCAGCACGCUCUGCACUCCGAAUGUUACGGGCAGUUCAUGGCCAGCGGAGCCAGGACCUGCCCCCUCUGCAGGGAGCAAUUGUAGAAGCCACACAAUUCCUUCACAGAUCCACAACCACAAAUAUAUAUCAACUAUUGCCGGCGGCGUAAAGGGAACCGCAUAUAUUAUCAACCUGAGCAAGUGCUAUCCCCUUGGUGCACAAAGAACUUUAAGCAAUUAACAAGUGAAAAGCGAUAAGCAAUCGAAUGAGUCUGCCUUAGUGUGUAAUUGUCAAACGUUUUGUUAAAUAAACAACAUAAAAUGCCUUA